AUGGCUUCCACAACGAGUCCCGAGGAUCCUCUUGCAGGCCAGUCGAGCGAGCCUGCGGCCAAGCUGCCCCUCCAUCAACAGGGCAGUUGUGUAACCUGUCGGCGCCGCAAGGUUAAAUGCGACAAGAAACCUUUCUGCUCCAAUUGUCAGAGGCUGGGACUCCACUGCGAGUAUGCGCCGCGAAAGAGGGCGCCGAGACAGCCAAGGAAGACGGACGGACUUAGUACGCGGGAGGUCGAGCUGAUCAAGAGGCUGAACAAGCUUGAAGGUGUCGUCAAGCAGCUCAGCAGACAAGCACACGAAAGUGAAGAGAAUGUUGUGAGGGAACCCGAACCUCCGAACGACGAACACAAAGAGACAACCCCACCAAAGUUGGAGGCGGGGCGUGAAGGACAAGACGAAGGUGUUGCAUCUACCUUGAGAAGCCUCAGCAACGUGGCGCCGCCGAUGGAGAAGGAUUUUGGCACACUGGUGAUAUCCGAAGAAGGGACACGCCGUUACGUUAAGCACAACUUCUGGGCUCGAGUAACUGAAGAGGUGGAUGAUCUUGUCCAAUUGGUAUUCGAGGACUACAAAGAAGACGAUAACGAAUCUUCUCCAGAAACCCAAGAGUGCUCGCCCGCCGAAAACAACAAACAGAGCUUCGUCCUCAGAUACAAUUCCUCUACUGUUGAUCUUCGACCGCUUCAUCCGCUCCCAUCUCAACUACCAUUUUACUUUCAAGUUUAUGUCGAAAAGGUCGACCCGGUGCUCAAGAUGCUGCAUAAGCCUUCUUUGGAGAAGAUGAUGAAAGAAGCAGCUGAUGAUCUUGACUCCGUGGGCAGAAGCCAAGAAGCUUUGCUAUUUGGGAUAUAUUUCGCUGUUAUUGCAAGUAUGACUGCUGAUGAAGUGCAAAUGAACUUUGCGUCGGACAAAAAGUUCAUUCAAGAUCGUUAUUGUUUUGGAUUAGAGCAAGCACUUGCUCGUGCCGGCUUCCUCGAUUCCACAGAUCUCACCACCCUGCAGGCUUUCGUGCUGUAUCUGACUAUUAUACGCUGUCAAAACGAGUCCCGUGUUGGGUGGGCUUUAUCAAGAUCCGCUACUGCGGUAGCUCAAUCACUUGGGCUGCACCGAGACGGCACUCACUUUGGUCUGCCGCCUUUCGAGUGCGAGAUGCGACGUAGGUUAUGGUGGCAGCUAUGCGUUCUUGAUUUCCGGAACUCGGAAAAACAAGGAACGGAGCCUUCCAUUGCUGCUGGAACUUAUGACACCAAUCUCCCGCUCAAUAUCAACGACUCCGACCUUAUCCCCAGUGCCGCGACCGCUCCAGAACCUCGUACCGGCCUCACAGAAAUGACAAUGACGCUCAUCGCAUGCGAGCUCGCCUCCGCAGUCUUUACUUUACAACGAGCGAGGAACAACAACGCUCCACUUCCGAGCAUCAUUGGCUCUACCGCGACGGGAGAAGACACUAUCAUCCAAGAGUUCUGCCAACACCUGCAGGACAGAUACGUCCGCCACUGUACCGACGAUAGCUCAAUGUCUUGGAUCGUUAAAAAUAUGUGCCAGCUUCUCAGAUACAAAAUGGAGUGCAUGCUCCUGCUUCCCUUUCAUAAAGCCGACUCAAAACCAUCCAGCGCCAAGGAAGCCUCGGAUCAGGUCUUCAUCAAAAGCAUCAAGAUCGUUGAACUUCGCCGGAAUCUGGAAGUUGAGAAGACUAAACAAUGGCACUGGUACAUUCGGACAAUUGUGCAGUGGCAUGCUGUCGCAUAUCUAUUGAGUGAAUUGUGCGUCAGAGAUUUUGAUGAGAAUGUCACGUGGGCGUGGAAUGUACUGGACUCAGUAUUUCAAGACUGGACGAACUUCCGGGAACAAGGGGCUCCGGGGGUGCUCUGGCUGCCGAUGAAGAAGCUGAUUGCGAGGGCGAGGCAUAAGAGGGAGAUGGAUCUGAGUGCUGCACGGGGAGCUGAGGUUGCAAAACAAGCCACGGAGCAGAGUAUGAAGCAGGAUUCAAAUUCGCUGGCUGAGGGCGCGAGCACCAACUUUGGGACGGAUAUCCUGGGCAAUGCUCAGAAUGUUCCGUAUAUGGGCAUGGGAGGGUAUCAAAGAGGAUACCCAGAACAGUGGCUUCAGCCACAACAAUAUCCUGUGGCCAUCACUCCAACGCCAUGGCUGUUGGAGGACUCUGCAAUGCAGGACUUGGGUCUGGAUAUGAAUGAAUUCGACCCAACUAUGCAAUGGGAAGGAGUGGGUGAUCUCAUGCAGGAGUUCCAUUCUUCAAUCGUUCCAGGACCUGCGACGAUGACUACAUCUACUGGGGGAUGGGAUCCGCUCUGGUGA